AUGGCAGCUUUCACUCCUAUUCCGCUUCCUCAGAUUGAGGAACCGGCCGAGUACAACUCCAACUACAUCCUCUACUGGCAUCAUAUCGGCUUAGAACUUAAUCGUGUCACACACACCGUAGGAGGUCCUCAGACUGGUCCACCUAUCUCUGCCAGAGCUCUAGGCAUGCUUCAAUUGGCUGUACACGAUGCCUACUUCGCCAUCAAGCCCUCUACUAGCUUCUCAACCUUUUUGACAUCCGGUGCCGACAACGUUGCAUACGCUCUCCCAGACCUGAACGGCGCGGACGAUGCUCGCCAGGCAGUGGCUGGUGCAUCUAUCACUAUGCUGUCUAUGCUCUACAUGAAGCCUCCCACCAAUCCCAACCCCAACCCUGGCGCCGGCAUUUCCGACAACGCCUAUGCACAGCUUCAGUAUGUCAUUGAUCAAUCAGCAAUUGACGCACCCGGUGGUGUCGACGCCGCGUCCAACAGCUUCAACUUCGGUAAGGCAGUAGCCACUGUCUUCUUCAACCUCCUCUUCCACGCGCCAGGUGCCUCGCAAGCUGGCUACCACCCCACGCCUGGUCCUUAUAAGUUCGACGAUGAGCCCACUCACCCUGUCGUCCUCGUCCCCGUCGACGCCAACAACCCUGAUGGUCCCAAGAAGCCCUUCCGUCAAUACCACGGCCCCUUCUAUGGCAAAACAGCUAAGCGUUUUGCUACACAGACUGAGCAUAUGAUCGCUGACCCACCAGCCAUCCGUUCUGCCGCUAGUGAGCAGGCCGAAUACGACGAUGCCGUUCGUCAAAUUAUUGCCAUGGGUGGAGCUACCGCUCUCAACUCCACCAAGCGUUCUCCUCACCAGACAACUCAAGGCAUGUUCUGGGCCUAUGAUGGCUCGAACUUGGUCGGCACGCCACCUAGGUUUUACAAUCAAAUCGUCCGCCGCAUCGCAGUGACAUACAAGAAGGAAGAGGGCUUGGCGAACAGUGAAAUCAACAACGCCGAUUUCGUCCGUCUCCUCGCCCUCGUCAACGUGGCUUGUGCAGACGCAGGAAUCUUCUCCUGGAAAGAGAAGUGGGAAUUCGAAUUCUGGCGCCCACUGUCUGGUGUCCGCGAUGACAACUUCCGCGACCCCGAUCGCCCAGACCGAGGCGACCCCUUCUGGCUCACACUCGGCGCUCCAGCCACAAACACAAACGACAUCCCGUUCAAACCCCCCUUCCCCGCUUACCCUUCCGGCCACGCCACAUUCGGCGGAGCCGUCUUCCAAAUGGUCCGCCGCUACUACAACGGGCGAGUUGGAAACUGGAAGGAUGAUGAAGUAGACAACAUCGCCAUCGACAUGAUGGUAUCCGAGGAACUAAACGGACUGAGCCGCGACCUCCGCCAACCCUACGACCCCAAAGCGCCCAUCACUGACCAGCCCGGUAUUGUGCGCACACGCGUCCCCCGUCACUUUUCCUCCGUCUGGGAAAUGAUGUUUGAAAACGCCAUCUCGCGUAUCUUCCUCGGUGUACACUGGCGCUUCGACGCUGCCUCCGCCAAGGAUAUUUUGAUCCCUACGACGACCAAGGAUGUUUACGCUGUAGACAACAAUGGCGCGUCUCUGUUUCAGAACGUCGAGGAUAUUCGUUAUACGACUAUGGGUACGAGGGAAGGCCAUGAUGGUUUGUUGCCAAUUGGUGGUGUGCCGCUUGGUAUUGGGAUUGCGAAUGAGAUCUUUGAGAAUGGACUCAAGCCUACGCCGCCAGAGAAGCAGCCGAUUCCGCAGCCCCCGGUUAAUCAGGGGCCACCACGGAAGGAGGAGUGGGUCGAAGCGGGAGACAAGGAGCAGGUGCCUAUGAUGGACGUUGCGCCUUAG